GCCAUAUCUAUCUGUAUAAUGGCGAAACCUAGACGAACCUCCUUCUUCUAAGGGCUAGCCUCUUUCCAACUCUCCUCGCUUCUCUUCUCUUUUCAUCCACUUGCAUAAUAAUACACCUAUGGCCGCCGCCUCCACCGCUACCGCCACCGCCGCCGCCACCAAUAAUCUCUAUCAUUUCUCAUCAUCCGUCGACAAGUCAUCGCCUCUCCUCAAAACCCCAUCUUUCAAAUCUUCAUACUCUCUCCUAAAAACCAAACCCUUCAUUUCCCACACUCACAAACCUCUCACCGUCGCCGCCGCCGCCUCAAACAAUCCAAUCGCAGACAUCGUCUCACGCUUCGAUUACGACGACGACGAUAAGCCCCGUGAGGAGUGCGGCGUCGUCGGCAUCUAUGGCGACCCAGAAGCCUCCCGACUCUGCUAUCUCGCCCUCCACGCCCUUCAACAUCGUGGACAGGAAGGCGCCGGAAUCGUCGCUGUUAACGACAACAUCUUGAAAUCCAUCACCGGUGUCGGACUCGUCUCCGAGGUUUUCAACGAGUCCAAACUCGAUCAGCUCCCCGGAGAUACGGCGAUUGGUCACGUCCGUUACUCCACCGCAGGCGCCUCCAUGUUGAAAAACGUCCAACCCUUCGUCGCCGGCUACAGAUUCGGUUCCGUCGGAGUCGCCCAUAACGGCAAUUUGGUAAAUUACAAAACCCUACGCGCCAUGCUCGAAGACAACGGUUCAAUUUUCAACACCGGUUCAGAUACGGAGGUAGUACUCCAUCUGAUUGCCAUAUCCAAAGCUCGACCCUUCUUCCUCCGUAUAGUGGAAGCCUGCGAGAAGCUCGAAGGUGCGUAUUCAAUGGUGUUCUUAACAGAAGACAAAUUAGUUGCAGUUCGCGACCCAUAUGGGUUUCGCCCGCUUGUAAUGGGAAAGCGAAGCAACGGAGCCAUCGUUUUCGCAUCUGAAACAUGCGCUUUAGACCUAAUCGAAGCAACCUACAUGAGAGAAGUAAAUCCAGGAGAAGUCAUUGUAGUAGACAAAGAAGGUGUUCAAUCACUCUGUCUAAUGCCACACCCACAACCCAAAGCUUGCAUCUUUGAACACAUCUACUUUUCAUUACCAAACUCCGUUGUCUUCGGCCGAUCAGUCUACGAAUCCCGACACAAAUUCGGCGAACUCCUGGCCACAGAAUCCCCAGUCGAAUGCGACGUGGUGAUAGCCGUCCCUGAUUCAGGAGUUGUCGCAGCUCUAGGCUACGCAGCCAAAGCAGGAGUUGCGUUUCAGCAGGGUUUGAUAAGAUCACACUACGUUGGUCGAACUUUCAUCGAGCCUUCUCAAAGAAUUAGGGAUUUCGGCGUUAAACUUAAGCUAUCUCCGGUUAGAGCGGUUUUGGAAGGAAAGAGGGUAGUGGUGGUGGACGACUCGAUUGUACGUGGAACCACUUCGACAAAGAUCGUGAGGAUGUUAAAGGAGGCUGGGGCGAAAGAGGUUCACAUGAGGAUCGCGAGUCCUCCUAUUAUAGCGUCAUGUUAUUACGGAGUGGAUACCCCAAGUUCGGAGGAGCUGAUUUCGAAUAGGAUGAGUGUGGAGGAGAUAAGGGAACACAUUGGGUGUGAUUCUCUUGCGUUUUUGAGUUUGGAGAGCUUGAAGAAAUUGUUGGGAGACGAUAAUCCCAACUUUUGUUAUGCCUGUUUCUCUGGGAAAUAUCCGGUUGAGCCUAAGGGUGGUAAUAAGGUCAAGAGAAUUGGGGAUUUUUUGGAUGAUGGAUUGAAUGGGAGCCUUGAUUCAAUUGAUGGCGGUUGGGUUCAGGCCCAGGGAACCGCCAAGGUCCAGGCUGGGGUGGUGAAAGAAGAUUAAGAAUCCUUUUCUAGCUAGCACCCACAUGUUUUGGUGAAUUUCUUCUUGCUUGCAAAACCAGGAUUAUUUGUUUCUGCUUUUUCUAUUUUAGAGUUCACUUUUUUGCUCAAGAGAAAUGCUUCUUUUUGUCCAAAAAGCUCAGACAUGAUGCUGGCUACUUAAUGAUUAUAGAUCAGUCCAACCACAAAGAACAUUGAAUCUAGAGAUCUGGCAGUUUUUUACAUAUUCAAACAUUAAAACAACAAUCGUGAACUCAACGGCCAAUGCCAGUAAGCUCAUUAGUGUUCAGUAACAUUCCGGGUUAAAAAUGAUCAUCAGUAGAGUACAACUAGAGACUUUGUUCAAUCUAAACUGUUCAUCAAAACAAGAUCUUUCUUCUUAUUAUCUCCCCAACAGACAGACCGACAGCAACCUAACUAAAGGAAUAUAAAAUUACUUGAUGGUAAUGUAGCGAUUUGUACCGUGUUUAGCCCAGUAAUCCUUGAGAUCAACUGGCAAAGACAAGUCCUGUCCUUCAGCUGCUAACCUACUCAGCAAUCUGUU